AUGACUAAAUUAAACGUUGAGGGUAAAGUCGUCGCCAUCACUGGUGGUUCAAGAGGUUUAGGUCUUUAUUGUGCUGAAAUAUUAUUAAGAAAUGGUGCUAAAUCAAUCUAUUUAACUUCAAGAAAAGAUAAAGCUGUUCAAGAAGCUGUUGAUUAUUUACAAAAAAUUAAUAAAUUAGAUGAAUUAGAUGCAAAAAUCGUUGGGAUUGCUUCUGAUGUUUCUAAUAAAGCUGGGGUUGAUCAUUUUUUCAAUACUGUUAAACAACAUGAAGAUCAUGUUGAUAUCUUGAUUGCAAAUGCUGGUGCUUCAUGGGGUGAAGCUUUAGAAACUCAUCCAGAAACUGGUUUUGAUAAAGUACUUGAUUUAAAUGUUAAAGGGGUUUUCUUAACAAUUCAAUCAUUUUAUCCAUUAUUGAAAAAAGCUGGUUCAAAAGAUUAUUCAUCAAGAGUUUUAAUAAUGGGUUCAAUUGCUGGUAUUCAAAUUAAUGCAAUUGAAGGUGGUACAUAUGGUUAUGCUGCUUCAAAAGCUGGUGUUAUGCAUAUGGGUAAAACUUUAGCUUUAGAAUUAGGUCCACAAAAUAUAAAUGUUAAUUUAUUAGCUCCAGGAUUUUUCCCAACAAAGAUGUCAAAUGGGUUAUUAGAAAAUAUUGGUGAAAAAAUGGUUAAAGCAAAUCCAAAGAAGCGAUUAGGAAAUCAAAAAGAUAUUGAAAGUGUUGUCUUGUUUUUUUGUGCUAAAGAAUCGGAUUAUAUAAAUGGGGCUGUUAUUCCAAUUGAUGGUGGUGCACAUCUUGGUGAAGCGCCUGAUUCAAAAUUAUGA